UGGCCCGGAACCCGUCCGCGCGGCCCGGGUUCCGCCGGACGGCCGGGUCGGCUCAAUUGGGCGCGUGGCGUCGGGGUUCCGAGCGGGACCGGGCCCCGGAAUGCGAACCGGCUUUUGGGAGAGGAUCCUGUGUGCCCCGCCAGCCCAAGCUGUCCCACAGGGCCUGGGGGCGAGGAUGGUCUUCCUGGACAAAUCCUUUAAUGGAGAACUGCAGACGCAGAGAUGCAAAUCUUCGUGAAGACCCUGACGGGCAAGACCAUCACCCUCGAGGUUGAGCCCAGUGACACCAUUGAGAAUGUCAAAGCCAAAAUCCAAGACAAGGAGGGUAUCCCCCCUGACCAGCAGCGUCUGAUUUUUGCGGGCAAACAGCUGGAAGAUGGCCGCACUCUGUCAGAUUACAAUAUCCAGAAAGAGUCCACCCUGCACUUGGUGCUUCGCCUCCGGGGUGGCAUCAUCGAGCCUUCGCUCCGCCAGCUGGCCCAGAAAUACAACUGCGAUAAGAUGAUCUGCCGCAAGUGUUACGCUCGCCUGCACCCCCGCGCCGUCAACUGCCGCAAGAAGAAGUGCGGCCACACCAACAACCUGCGCCCCAAAAAGAAGGUCAAAUAAGGCCCCUCCACCGGCUCUUUCUUUGCCCGCAAGGCAACCUCCUGCCCGAGCCCCAAGGUCCUGGGGCCUCAAUAAAGUUUCCCUUUCAUUGACUGGAGCAGUAA